AUGCUUCCUCUUGAACUUCAUUUUAUGAUAUUCAACAAUUUGAAAGUCCCAGACGAUAUAUUCAAUUAUGUAAAAGCGUUCCCAGCUUUAAGUGGUCAUUUUUCAAAAUCUUUCAUUGUGAUUACAGAUGAUGAAUCAAAUGAAAGAUACCAAAAUUUACCAACUGAUAGAGUCAUAGAUUGUCAUAUGCUUGAUGUUAAAAUCCCGAAAGGUUUUGGGUGGCUUGAAAAUUUCAAAGGUGAAAUCAUUAUAGAUAGUAUUAAAAACUUGGAUUGGUUUAAAAGGAGAUUCCGAAAUGAAUUGGAAUAUAUUUUAAUGAUCAAGAAUGAAUAUUUCAUGAAGAAUGGUAAAAUUAAUAUCAAUUUAAUUCCCAGAGAAUCAACUGAUAAUGAUGUGAGAAGUGUUAUAAAUGAACUUCUAUGGUUAAUGGUUUUCCUCAGAUUGGAAACAUUCAAUUAUAUACAUCUACCACUUCACGAAGAAAUCACAGUGAUUGAUCCAUAUGGAACUUUCAAUUUAUUAGAUUGUAAUAAUAGUAUGGUUUCUUUGAGUUAUAAAGAGACAAAAGGUGAUUUGAAAUUCUAUCAUAAUUUUCGUUGA